AAUGAAUAGUGAUUGAAUACUGUCAUCUCAAAGUCUUUUUACAACAGACUGGCGUGACGGCCGUACUGCACGGAGGAACGACCACAUGCAUUUUUUCUUUCCUGAGACCAUCCUCAGUGCGUUGGAUGCCCUGUCCUGUAGAUUCCUAAUCCUGAGGAUCCGAUGGCCGGCAAGAAGCCGACAGUUAGUUUGUUUGUGAUCCUGAUGUGUGUCACCGCCAUUGGAGUGUUUUUGAUGGAGACCGAUUCAAAGGUGCAAUUAAAAUCCACCUUCCAGCCAACGUACGUGGACCCGUGCUCCUGUGGGAAAUGUUUGUCAGAGAAUGACACUUGGUUCAUGAAACGCUUCAAUGAGUCUGAGGACCCGUUUUUGUCAGAGCACUUCAGUCUGUCUGCGGCUGCGUUCAGCUGGUGGAGGCUCCUACAGGGAGAACGGUGCAGCUUUCUUAAAUUCAAAAACACAGUGAACGCCCUGUUUCAGAUCUUUCCACCAAAUCCACAUGUCUUAGAACCCCGACCAGAACGAUGCAGAACAUGUGCCGUAGUGGGGAACUCGAUAAAUCUAAAGGGAUCGGGCUACGGCCGCCUGAUAGAUCACCAUGAUGUCAUCAUAAGAAUCAACUACGGCCCAACGAAAGGCUUUGAAGCCGAUGUUGGGAACAGAACCACUCACCGCGUUAUGUAUCCAGAGAGUUCUAUGGACUUGGACGACACCACUCACCUCAUCCUGUUCCCAUUCAAGCUCAGGGACCUUGAGUGGCUCAUCAGAGUCUUCACUGCGAGAUUUCCUGGAAAAAAAUAUGGAUCACUCAAAUCUGUAAUGACUGGCAACAAGGAUUUGGUAAUGGUGCUGAAUCCAACUUUUAUGAAGUACGUCCAUGAAUCGUGGCUGGACAUGAAGGGAAAGUAUCCGUCCACCGGAUUCAUAACUCUGAUUCUUGCCCUACAUAUAUGUGGCGAGGUUGAUGUGUUCGGUUACGGAGCGGACAAAGACGGAAACUGGAGUCACUAUUUUGAGAAGCUCACAAGCAAAACCCUUAAAACUGGAGUUCAUCCUGGACUCCACGAGUACGAAGUGAUCGGGAAGCUGGCACGCAAGCGAAAAAUCACUUUCUUUUCCGGGAGGCACAAUUUGUGACCCAUGUCACAAACUGUUAAGAUCUGCGCAAAAUGAAUGUGACAUAUUUAUUUAAGUUUUGUUUAUCUUUUGGAUUCAGUCAAGGACGUGAGACAGAGUGUGAUCUUACAGUACAUGAACAGGAAGAAACUGCAUUGUUCCAAAUCACUGAACAAGAACUGGAAUUCAGUGUUCAAAUGUGAAGGUGCUUUGUUGCUAUUAGUCCUGAUCAAAACUGUGUGUUCAUUUUUAUAUACUGUAAAAAUUAUUAACUGUGCUGCUAAAAUCUUCAAUUUAUGAGUGUAUUAGUAAAAUAAACUAUUUAUGUGAAAUAAAAAAAUGUUUAGGUAGUAAAGUACAUUGUAGCUGACUUUACUCAUAAAACUUUUUUGUUUUAUUCAAUGCUUUGUGAUGAAUUUGGAGCAAUGUGAGCGAGUACUGAUCUGAACUGGGUCUGCGUCUUUGGCUGCUUCAGAUAACUGGACACAGUGAAUCACCCCUCAGCACACUGAUUCAUUCACCUGAACCUCUGCAUUAUUUGUGUUUAUUUAUUUCCCUAGGUUGUGUUUUCAUUUAUCUCCUGCUCUCGUCCUCUGUACCAGCGUCCUUGUGGGAACAAUAAAUAAAGCUCUCCACGCUG